UUAAUGCAAAACACAAACCCCACAAAAAAAUAUCCCACCAUUGAAACCUACCCUUCCGCCCCCGCUCCUCCCGCCUCCCUGCGGCCUCUCCCGACCAACCACCAGCGAACGCCACACUUCUCCCCAGGAGAGGUCGCGCCCCAUCAACAAACGGAACGACCUUCCAAAAGCGCGCCCUUCUCCGCCUCCAGAGUCGCAACUCCCCGGCGCAAAGUUCGCCCGGCUAUUAUUGAUGUAUUAAUAUCGUCGAAUCAUCCGCAACAGUUUAUUACCAUGCCCCUCUAAAUCCUGAUUCCUGACAAACACACAAUGCUUCCCCU